GAGCGAAGUAGCUCUAAUGUUUCGCUUUGUCCGCCCCAAAGCACUGGGAUACGUAUCUACUUGUACGUAACGUUUAUGACACAUUCCCGGCGUGAAGAGAAUCGGGGGCUCUGUUUGGCCGAAACAUCAUUCGUACAUGGGCUCGCAUGGAUCGUCAAUCGUGACACGUCUCGUUCACGAGGACCGCGCGAUUCUUAUGUGCUUCGUACUGUUUUUACAUGUGAUAUUGUACGAGAAUAGUGCGGCCGGCAACGUUUGUGUGUCACGGUGAACGAUUAUUGCAUAUCGAGUAUCAGUAUAUGGCGAAAAUCCGGUGUAGCUCGACGAACAAUCAUCAACGGCGUAGACCCAGCUCGCUACACUCUACAUUGUUCGCUUGCGACAGUCGUACGAGUGCUCGUCGAAGCGAGGCACGAAGGGACUGGUUGCGAAUUCUAAUUCCAGCCCCGCGGUGUGCCUCGUGGCGUCCCAUUAAGUGUCGAUUCUCGGAGCAUCCCUACGAAGAAGCGCACGUCGGCCGGUAAAGCGAGCGAACGUGCAUCGACGACGCGGCGGCAUCUCCUGCCGCGAGUGACUGCAGGUCGGUCGAACGCGGGGCGGAAUUAUGUGUGACGGCGAGCGACGUCGAGCGUUUUGUCAGUGUCGUAACGUGACCGGUUGCUGGCCGAUUGACUUUUGAUACGAACGCCAAUAUUAUUUCUUGAAAUUGAAAAUUGAAGAGAAUGUUCGGAUACUCGAUAACUAAGAAGAUAAACUAAGAAAGAGAAAGAGAAACAGCAGCAUCAUCAUCGUCGACGGUACCUACGGACGCGCAGCGAGGUAGUCGGCAACAGCAUUAGCAACAUUAUCAACGAAGUAGAAUGAACGGAUUCAGCACCGGCGAAGAAGACUCUAGAGGAGCGGCUGAUCAGAUCUGUUGUCUCGUCGACGAGGGCGAGCGAUGCUCCCGCCCGGCUGGGAACGCGUCGUACAGCAAGCGUAUCCAAAAGACCGUCACACAACGGCGACUCAAGCUCAAUCUCGAUCACAUGGCACGUCACAUAUAUAUCUGUGACUACCAUAAGCAAGUGAUCCAGUGUGCAAGGACCAAACAGCAGCAGCAGCGCAGGCGCAAGGAUUCUGAAGAGGAUUCUGGUGAGACGGAUAAUGAUCUUCCAGAAGUUGAUCUUUUUCAACUGCAAGUUGGUACUCUGAGGCGGUACAAAAGGCACUAUAAAGUUUCCACACGUCCAGGACUCAAUAAGGCUCAAUUGGCAGAUACUCUUAUGAAGCAUUUUAAGACCAUCCCAGUGGUGGAGAAGGAAGCCCUGACUUUUUUCAUAUAUACCGUCAAGACCAAUGCAAACAAACUUGAUCAGAAGAACGGUUUGAGUAGUAGUGACACGACGUAACCAGCCAACAGAGUUUCUCUAUCAUAAUAUUAUUCAUAUAAAUUAUGUAAUAAUCCAUAUCCAUUUUUAUUCACUUAAUACAUAGCUUUAUAAGAGAAAUGCUAUAUAUAAUGCUACAUAUGUACAUAAUAUAUUAGUAUCAUA